AUGGGUGUGUGCGGCCCACGAUCAGGAUCUGCUAUUGCUUUUUCCCAAAAGUUCACGCAGCCGGCCACGCCCGGCUCCUCUGUCCGUGUGGCCGCACUCACGCUCGCGAACAACAGCCAGCCCGCAGCCUGCUCACCUGCCCGAGCCUCCAUCUCGCUGAGUCGCGAACCUUACUUGUCAUCCCUUCCUUGGAAACUAUCUCUCCCGCUUGAAUCGGGCACGAAGCGAUGCGUAUGGAAACCGCCGCCACGAUCUCGCCUAGCCCAUGUUCAUCUUCCCCGAAGAGAGCCCACGAAGCAGUUUUCUCACCCACUCGCGCCCAGCUCAGCUAGAACCGCCUGCGUCCCGGCCUCUGCCCGGGCGCUCGUCUGGCUCGGCAGCCUGCCUGCGCGGCGGCGUGGCCAGCCAGCCAGCCCGCGGCGGCGCGGCUUGUGGCCCUGUUCGGUCAGCAAGUCGCUAUCGUGCUCGGCUGUUCCCAGGCAUCGACGAGGAAGAACCGCCGUCGCGCGUCCAUCGACGUCGCGUCGCGCGUCCACGCCGCCACGGAGCUCACAGCAUCACCACCACCUCACCGUAGCGUCGUCACAUCCGCUCUGCACCGAAACACCAACUGCAGCACGCCAACACCAAAGCUCUGAUUGCGAUCCAUUUCCGAGCUUCGAGGAAUCGAGUGUCAAGCUUCAGCGACCAAGUGAUCAAGCUCUUCGAGUUCUACAAAGUUGAAGACCCUGAGCAUCUGUUUGGUGAAG